GUAGAGCCUUUCUUUGUGAGCGUGGCACUGUAUGAUGUCAGGGAUAGCAGGAAGAUCUCUGCUGAUUUUCACGUGGAUCUGAACCACACACUCGUUAGACAGAUGAUUUCAGGUUCCUCAUUUUCACUAGAAAAUGGAACUGUUGAAAAUACGGACUCAAAUGAAAUAGAAGAACCACAGGUCAAGGGGUUCCCCGAAGAAUGGCUGAAAUACCCAAAACAGGCUCUUUUCUCCAUAAGUAAUCCUCAUUCUGAGAUUGUAUUAGUGGCAAAAAUAGAAAAGGUGCUUACGGGAAACAUUGCCAGCAGCGCUGAACCUUACAUUAAGAAUCCUGACUCUUUUAAGUGUGCGCAGAAAGUGUUAAAAUCCAAUAAACAGUUCUGCAGCAAGCUGGGGAAAUACCGUAUGCCAUUUGCUUGGUCAGUAAGACCGGUUUUUAAAGAUAAUCAGGGAAAUGUUGACAGAGACUCCCGAUUCUCACCUUUAUUCAGGCAAGAAAGUAAUAAGAUUUCCAUGGAAGAUUUUAUUAAACUAAUAGCAGAAUAUAGAAGAGCAGAGAAGAUUAGCAAAAUACAGACUAUACCUGGCUGUUUGGAGAUUGCAGUUGAUUGUGUUCCUUUGGAACAUCCAAACUGUGUAACUUCGUCUUUUAUUCCAAUCAAGCCGUUUAAUGACAUAAAGGAACAUCAACCUACAGUGGAAGUUGAGGAGUUUGUACAGGAAUCAACAAAAUAUUCUCGACCUUACAGAGUAUACAAGAACCAAAUAUACAUAUAUCCCAAACACCUCAAAUAUGAUAGCCAAAAAUACUUCAACAAGGCACGGAACAUAACAGUGUGCAUUGAAUUUAGAAGCUCUGAUGAAGAAGGAGCGAAGCCACUGAAGUGUAUUUAUGGGAAGCCGGGUGGACCAUUAUUUACAACAUCAGCCUACACUGCUGUGCUACAUCAUUCCCAGAAUCCUGAUUUCUAUGAUGAGGUGAAAAUUGAACUUCCCACUCAACUCCAUAAGAAACACCACAUUCUGUUUUCAUUUUAUCAUGUCACCUGUGACAUAAAUGCAAAAGCUAAUGCCAAAAAGAAAGAGGCUCUGGAAACACCAGUGGGAUACGCUUGGCUUCCUUUGUUGAAAGAUGCCCAGUUGGCUUCCCAAGAACACAACGUGCCAGUGGCAAGCAGUCUCCCUCCCAAUUACUUGAGCCUUCAAGAACCAACUAGUGGGAAGCAGAUCGGCUGUGAUGUAAAAUGGGUAGAUAGUGGGAAACCACUUUUCAAAGUCUCUACGUUUGUUGUAUCGACAGUAAAUACUCAGGAUCCAUACCUGAAUAAUUUUUUCCAUCAGUGCCAAGAAAGGGAAAAGGAUCUAUCCCAGCCUCCUACCUCAAACUUUGUCAAUUCUUGUAAGAAUUUGCUGAGGAUUGAGAAGAUCCAUGUAAUUAUGAAUUUUCUUCCUGUAGUCCUGAAUCAACUCUUCUGGGUUUUGGUGCAAAACAGUGAUGAUGAAGUUACAACAGCUGUGACCAGGGUUCUUACUAACAUUAUGGCUAAGUGCCACGAAGAACAACUAGACAGCUGCAUCAAUUCUUAUGUGACGUAUGUGUUCCGGACCAAAUCAUUUGAAGAAAGGACCAUUCAUGAGGAGCUGGCCAAGAAUAUGACUGGUCUUCUGAAGUUAAAUGACCAAGUAACGGUGAAACAGGUUUUAAAGCAUUCCUGGUUCUUCUUUGCAGUUAUCCUGAAAUCAAUGGCACAGCACUUGGUUGAUACAAACAAAACAAAGGUUUCUCGAACUCAGAGGUUUCCAGAAUCCUUUCAGACUGAGUUGGAUACACUUGUGAUGGUUUUAGCAGACCACGUUGUUUGGAAGUACAAAGAUGCUCUUGAAGAAACCAGGAAUGCAAACUUCAGCACUGCCAGAUUUCUCAAG